CUGCAAGAAGAUUCCCAGCUGGCUUGCUGCAAUCUCCAAGGAAGGCACAACUGAAGGCACAUUUCCUGUCAUGGUGAACGAGAGGCAUAAUGGCAACCUGCUUGUGCACCUGGGACCCAAACUGCAGGCCUACCCGGAGGAGCUGCUCCGGCAGCGGCGAGGCCACGACGGCCAGCCUGAGUACCUGAUCCAGUGGAGUAUCGUCAGCUUGGAAGAGAGAGCAGUGGGGGGCAGCAGUGCCUCCUCUGCAGAGACCAAGCCGGAGAACAUCUCGAUGUGGAUGUCUGCAGAAGAGGUCUGUGCCAGCUGCCCGGCGCUGCUGGGCAAGAGGAAGCUGGAAGGGCGGUGGGUGAAAGAGGAGAAGGCAGCCAGCCCGUUCGCUGCAGCUGUCCCGCUGGAUGAAGCCUCGCUGCUGGAGAUGAAGGCUGAUGUCAGGAGCCUGGUGCAGCGAGCUGGCCGGCAGAUGGCUGAAACCGGGGCCCCCGAGUCCUCCAUUCUCAACACCAUCCAUGUGCUGAGCGCGUACGCCAGCAUCGGCUCGCUGGCGGGUGCCUUCAAGGAGACGGGAGCCCUCGACUUGCUGAUGAAGAUGCUGUGCCACAAGGAGAAGCAAAUCCGCCGCAGUGCUGGCAAGAUGCUGAGGAUCCCUGGGAAGCUGCUGUUCGUCCUGGUGAAGCGCUACCUGUGUGUCACUUCUCUCAUGGACAAGCUCAGCAGUGGUGCGGAGCAGGGAGGGGAGCAGCAGGAGUGCGCUGUGCCCAGCCUGCUCGCUGAGGAGAGGAGCCGCGUGAAGCAGGAGUUUGAGUUCAGCAUGGCUAUGGCAAACCUCAUCCUGGAGCUGGUGCACGUGAUGGGCUGGGACCACAGCCACAAGCCAGAGCUGCUGCCCCAACAGGAGCUGCGGCCUCGCACCACCCACUCCAUCUUCCAGCCCAAGACCCCAGCCUGCACUGCUGCCCAAAUGCCUGUGCUUACUUCAAAUCAUGGUCCCCACAAAAAGCAGGGUCGUGCCUUCCUGACCCCAUCAGACUUUGCAGACCGCAGUGGCUAUGUGGAGUACUUACAGGCAAACCUGGUGCGCGGCAUGAGGGUGCGCUUGCUGGAGGACUGUGGUGAUGUUAGAGCUGGGGAGGAAGGCGAGUUUCUUCAGAGCACUAAUAGCAUGCACACAGUGCAGGUUUUAUGGCAGUCAACAGGUCAGACCUACUGGAUGCGUUGGCACAUGUUGGAGAUUAUUGGCUUUGGAGACCAGUGGGAAGAUCUUGCUGCUCAGGAAAAAGAAUAUAGUCUGAUAGAGAGCUUUAAGCUAGACACAG